AAGUCCAAAUAAACCCAUCUCAUACUCCAAGUUCAAAAACUCUCUCUCUCUCUCUCUCUCUCUCUCUCUCUGUGUCUGUAAGAGCUUAGAAUUCAUUGAGGAUUAAUGGAAGUUCAAGUGAUCAGAGGUUGUUGGUCUGCAAAACAUGAAAUGAGUUCUGAAGAGGGCAUGGACAUCAGGAGAGGUCCAUGGACAGAUGAAGAGGACUUUACGCUCAAGGGUUAUGUCACCAUCCAUGGUGAGGGUCGCUGGAACUCCGUUGCACGCUGCACAGGUUUGAAGCGAACCGGUAAAAGCUGCAGAUUAAGGUGGUUGAAUUACUUACGCCCUGACGUUAAGCGUGGGAAUAUCAGCCUCCAAGAACAGCUAUUGAUUCUUGAGCUUCAUUCUCGUUGGGGCAAUAGGUGGUCCAAAAUAGCACAGUAUCUGCCUGGAAGAACAGACAAUGAGAUAAAAAACUAUUGGAGGACCAGGGUCCAAAAGCAGGCUAAGCAACUCAAAUGUGACGUCAACAGCAAACAAUUCAGAGACACCAUGCGUUACGUAUGGAUGCCCCGGUUGAUGGAGCGAAUCCGGGCUGAAUCCGAAUCCAACUCGGAUGAGCCCACCACUGGAUACAGUACUGAAUCUACCACUGAUCACUUCCCCAACAAUUCGACAGGACCCAACUCCUCAUAUCAAGUCGCUACUUCUCGGUCCGACCCAGCAGUUGAACCCUACUUCAUGCAUGCAAUAUCGAGUGGUUCCCCGGCUGCUUCAUCGGAGGCCCAAGUUUCCUCCAUCUCGGAACUAUCUGAAUGCUACAAUAUACCUGGGGGUAAUUACACCGAUAAUUCUCUAAACGGGUCCGGACUAUGCCAAAAGGGCUUGGAAAUGGAUAUCCCAUCGUUGGAGCAUAGCAAUGGGUGGUGUGGUGGUGGUGGAGACACAUUGGAUAGCUUGUGGAAUGACGAGAACAUGUGGUUUUUGCGACAACAGCUUUAUGAUUAUGAGGUCUAAAACAAUGAAAAAAAA